AUGUCUCCAACCCCGCCAUCCACGACCUCGUCAAACGCUAGCGCAUUUUCGCCUGAAGGACAGUACAGGGUAAUCCGAAAGAGAAAUCGGGUGCCACUUUCCUGUGGCCCCUGCCGACAUAGGAAGCUCAAAUGUAACCGUGCACACCCAUGUGAGAACUGCGUGAAACGAGGAGAUGCUUCCUCAUGUACCUACGCCCAAGCAAGCGCACGUAAGAAGAACGCCCCGCAGCGAGUAUCGCCUAGCUCCCCGGACGAUAUGCAAAAUAGGAUAGACCGGCUGGAAAGCUUGGUUUUGUCGUUGAUGACCAAUGGUUCACAGGCCGCAGGCCCAGCUGCGGCUAUGGCAGCACUCUCUGGCAACAGCAGCAGUAUUAGUUCUGCCCAACAUACAACUGAUUUAGAUCUGGAUGAAGACGCCUCGGGUGGCCCCGAGGAGAGCGAUACAGAACAAGUAACAAAAUCAUUUGGGAUAAUGAAGGUCGACAAUAAUAAAUCAUAUUAUUUUAGUGAAGCGCAUUGGGCGUCUGUCCUCAACGAUAUUGCCGAAGUGCGUAAUUACUUUUCUACGCACAAGAAACAGUAUGAGGAGCAGGCGGAGAAGCUAAAAGCAACAAAGCUUCCGACUGACGUGCCAGGGUCCACAUUGCUCUUCGGUGCUAUGAAAACAACUAGUCGUGCAGAGAUCAUGUCUUCGCUUCCCUCCAAAUAUACAACAGACAUCUUAGUCGCCCGGUAUUUUAACAGCUAUGACCCCUCAACCAAUAUUCUACAUGGACCUACAUUUCAGGCCCAAUAUAACAAACACUGGGAAGACCCGUCACAAACCUGUGUAGUCUGGAUUGGUAUGCUGUGUGCGAUUAUGCGACUUGCCAUGCUAUCGUAUCAUCGAGAGGGAGAUGAACCACCGGAGUUCCGAGGGAAGACUCUAGACAUGGCAGGCACCUUCCGGAACUUGAUGGCGCAGUGUUUAACGCUGGCUGAUUAUACUAAACCUUACCCGUGUUUGAUUGAGUCCUUGAUAUUCCAUCUGCAUGGAGAUUGGAUUCAAACAAAAGAUGCCGAUGUGUCCGUUUGGGUGCUUGUAGGCGUGAUUGCUAGGUUGGCUAUGAGGAUGGGUUACCAUCGCGACUCAAAGAUGUUUCCCAAUAUCACACCUUUCCAAGGUGAAAUGCGUCGGCGAGUAUGGACAAUCGUGCGGCAGUACGAUCUUAUGUUCUCAUUCCAAGUGGGCCUACCCAGCAUGAUUCGCUCCGCCGAUAGUGAUACGGAAUUUCCACGGAAUUUGUACGACGAUGACUUUGAUGAGAACUGCAAAGAGCUUCCUCCUUCACGGCCACCAAAUGAACCUACACCAGUCGCAUGCUUGAUAGCCAAAGGUCGCUUAACAUAUGCCUUUGGUCGUGUUAUUGAGCAUACCUCUUCCAUACAAAGUCCAUCUUACGACCAAGUUAUGGAGAUUGACGCCGAACUUCGCCGAGCGAGGGACUUGAUCCCUGAACAUCUUAUUGUUCGCCCUGUCGAAGAGUCUCAGUUGGAGCCCCCGAAAAUAGUUAUGGCACGAUGUGCUAUAAUGAGUGUGUAUCACAAAGCGCAGUGUGUUCUCCAUCGACGAUACCUCAUUCGAGCGCGUGAAAAUCCUCGAUUUACAUACUCGCGGAGAACCUGUAUUGAUUCUGCCAUGGAAUUGCUUCGAUUCCAAUCAAUGCUGCACGCUGAAACCGUGGCGCGCAUCCCGAACAAACAUGACAGACUUACCGCACUCGUAUCUACAGAUUUUCUACUUGCUGCGACCAUCGUCUCUCUCGACCUCUACCACGGACACCAAUUCCAAUCAGGGGGCCGCGCCUCCGGCGAUACCUACGCCUGGGGAAGGGAGCGGCGCGAGGAAAUGAUAGCGGCAGUACAACGCUCUAAAGAGAUCUGGGACGAACUUCGUGACGAUGCCCUGGAGGCGUGGAAAGCGUCGGGAGCUAUUGGGGUGAUGCUUGCCCGACUGAACUUGGGCUACUCGGACAGCAAUACCGCCGCUUCUAGCUUCGAGCCUCAGGAUGAGAAGCAAAGUGCUGCCAUGACGUUGGGUCUUCUCAGUAGUGGAAUGAGCCCCAUGAACCCAACUCCUCCCGCCUUUGGCGAUGGCGCCAUUAAAAUGGGCGAGACACCACUCCCGUCACAGGGAGGAUUUGGAGCGAUGGCAGAUAUGCCAGGAGCUCCUUCGCCUCUAAGUGCUAUGUUUGGGCAAAUGCCAGAUAUGCAGCUCCCUCUGGAUUGGGACACCUGGGAUAAUUAUAUUCAGAAUGCAGCGCUUGAUGCCUCGAACCAGUGGUGGCCAACAAUGGAUCCACAGCAACAGCAGCAACCCCAACCGCAAUCCCAGAAUGCGCACUGCUUCCGGCGCGCUGCUUCUCGGCUCCUCUCUUCGACACCACGGUCCACAUGGGCUACUUCAUCUAGCCCGUCUCGAAUUACUAUCCCUCGCCAGACAUCACAAUUUCUGCUGCAGAGCAGAUGGAACAGCAAACAUGUACCAAGGCAACCUAAUCUUACGAGCCAGGAUGCAGCAGCCACAAAUGAUAACGAGGAACAAUUAAUACAAGCCGCUGUCGGGUACAUGGAAGGUACCUCUACUCCUGCGAACGAGACUGCAGACCAUAUUUCAAAAGAGAUUGAGGCACAACCACAAUCUACCGAAGAAGAAUCUAAACGCGCGAAGCGUGUCCGGCUUUUGAACAAGGAACCCGAUCCCAAGGAGACAGUCUUUGUCGGCAAUCUUUUCUACGAUGUGACGGCGGAUGAUUUGCGGAAGCAGAUGGAGAAAUACGGAAUUGUGGAGAGUGUGUAUAUCACUUUUGAUAAUAGGGGAAUUAGUAAAGGAUUCGGUUAUGUGCAGUUCGACGCCAUAGAUUCGGCGAGACGUGCAAUUGAUGCGAUGCACAUGCGGGUAUACGAGGGUCGCCGAGUCGUUGUGGCAUUUGCGCAAAACAAUAUCGACCAGCAUCGGAACCUGAGGCCUGUCUCUAGAACGAUAUAUAUCGGCAACAUGCCCUUCGAGAUGACUGAUCGGGAUAUCAAUGAACUCUUCAGGGAUAUUGUCAAUGUGAUUGACGUUCGGGUAUCUGUGGACCGUCGAACUGGCAUUUUCAGAGGCUUUGUUCACGCUGAGUUCAUCAACGUCGAGAGUGCACGGGCAGCAUUUGAGAUUCUCAGCAGGAAGGCACCAUAUGGCAGGAAAUUACGACUUGACUACAGUCAAUCAAAUAGAAGAGCGGAUCGUCUGGAAAACAACGCCGAGUGA